GGACAAUUGGAUCCAGCUGAUAUUUGACAAAGAAGUUCAUGAUUCUAAGGGUGUUUUUUUUCACUACCACAAGAUGGCGCUGUAUCCCAAUAGAGGCGCUGCUUUUGACCGGGUGCAAGAGAAAGCAGCAGCCCUCAGAGAUAAGAGGGAUAACGGAAGGAUGAGUUUCUUCUCCCCAUCCUCCCUGGGCUGUGGUUCAUGCUGCCUUCUGUCCAACAAGACGAUGAGAUCCUCUGCAUCACAACACCUCAAUGCCUUCUGCCAUGCAAGUGGAAGCCUCUCCCAGUGUCGCUCCACAAAAAAGUCCUGCAACAUAGCACUGAUGAAGCUUCCCAUCUCAAGCUACUCCAUAAGCAGAGGAUUAACAAACCAUAGGCAUGCCCUUUUGCUUGUAAUUCAACUGCUGAGUAGAGGAGGAGGAGAAGAUGAUGAUGGUGGUGGUAGUCCAGAAAUACUGGCAUGGUCAAGUGUCCAGAUCCAUUGCAUGGUUGCAAGGGAUGAUGGGAAAGCCAUUCUUCUAGACCCAUCCUCACCUGGCUCUGGCCCUAUGAAGGAAAAACUCACUUCCAAUGCAGCUACAUCAUUUGUACCUCAUCAUGGAGAGAGGGGGCAAGUUAUUGUUGCAACAAAACCAAAGAUUCUCUGCUGUGACCUCUGUCUCUUUCCCGGGGAAUCCAAGUCAUAUAUUUAUCAGGAGCAAUUGCCCUCAAAUGGACCACCAUCAUAUCGAGGACCAGUUAUACGAUAUUGGUACAAGUUGACCAUUGGCACCCAACGAGUCGGUUCUCCCAUUCGACUCGUCCGCAUCCCUCUCCGGGUUCUCCUCCUCCAAGAGAUGGGUUUUGAGAGUGAGAGCGAUCGAGUUGCCCCAUCUAAUCCCUUCCUCUCCUCCUCCCACAAGGAGUCGCCUCUUGAAGUGGCCAUGCAGAUCCUUCAGAAUGCAACUGUAAGAAGAAGUCCAAGCCCCUAUAAUGUGACACAUACAGAAGGCAGAGUUGGGAAGUUCUGUCUUUUCAAGAUGGGAUAUAAACUUGGAGAAGAUAUCAUUGGGACUUUUGACUUCACUACAGCUCAAGUCCCAUGUGUUCAGGUGAGCUGGCUGACUAGUUCCCAUGAUUUGAUCAAAGAUGACCUUUCUAAUCAUAUGAACACCAAUUUGCCCUUCCUACAAGUUACUCUCCAAUUGAGCUAUCUAUUCAUAGUUGUGAGCCUGGAGUGGCAACUUCACUUCGAGUUUGUGGUGAGUCGCACCGGGGUGGUGGCAUUCCAUCCACCUGAGGAGUUGACCCAACCGGGUUCCUGGACCGCACCCCGACACCUGGACAUCGAGACCAUGGUCUGGGAUCUCCCCAUCCGAGUCUUCCCGUCCAGCCCACUCAAUGUCGCCCAGGGCUUACACAUGGAAUCUCGCGUCACGUCGCAACUGUGAGACGGGAGACGAGAGACUCGAACGAGGUCGACCGGGAUUCGUAUUUUCGUGAUCUUCUCGUACUUGCAUCUGCUUGUGAAUGAAAAUUAUGCAAGUCCAAGAUGUAAUGAUCCCUUGUGCUGAGCCUCACAUCUUUUUGUUCUUGCUACCGGUUCCUCCUUGCCAGGUUUGUAGAUGCAGGGGUUCAUCCCAUAUGUGCCACAUUCCCAAUCUGAGGAUUCAAUAUAUAAAAACUUUGAAAAGUGAAUAUAUGAUUUUGUAAUACAUAAUAAUUUUAUUAUGGUUUCAGUGACUGAAAUGGAGGAAUGGAAAAUACAACAAAUAUUGAGAGUUCA